GCCAAAUCCACAGAUGUUUCCAUUUCAAGCUGCAUCAGUUACCCUAAAGGAUGGCCGAGCUCUCACCAUUCAUCCAGAUCUCAUGACUGAUUGUCUGCAGUAUGGACCUACUCCUGGAUAUCCACCUCUUGUAAAGCAGCUGAAGGGCCUUGUUGAACAGUUGCACUCACCACCCCUGUGGGCAGAAUCAGACUUAAUUGUUACUGCUGGAAGCCAGGAUGGUUUGUGCAAAGCAAUUGAAAUGAUGGUCAAUCCUGGAGAUUAUUUCGUAACGCAGGAACCAUGUUACACAGGGACUUUAUCCAUUUUAAAUCCCUUCAAGCCACAGUACUUGCCAGUAAAGUGUGACCGUGAAGGAAUGAACCCCACAGCUCUACGAGAAAUACUUUCAGAGUGGAACCCAGAGGAAAUUAGGGAUGUUGAAGAUAAUGUACCAAAAGUCCUGUAUAUUAAUCCAAAUGCCUGUAAUCCUACUGGAGUGUCUGUCAGUGAAGGGAGACGUCGAGAAAUCUAUGAAAUUGCCUCGGCUUACAAUCUCAUCAUAUUAGAAGAUGAUCCAUAUUAUUUUGUGCAGUUUGAAAAACCAGAGGAUUUUCCUCCAAGUUUUCUAAGUAUGGACACAGAAGGCCGUGUUUUAAGGUUUGACUCAUUCUCAAAAGUUCUAAGUUCAGGCAUCAGAAUUGGCUUUGUAACAGGCCCUAAACCUUUAGUCCAGAGAAUUCUACUACACAAGCAAGUUUCUAUUCUUCAUGCAUCAUCCAUGUCACAGGUGAUGAUCAGUGAAUUGUUACGAAUCUGGGGAAUUGAUGGAUUUUUAAAGCACACCCAGUCUGUCCAGGAAUUUUAUCGGAAGCAGAGAGAUAGCAUGAUGGAAGCUGCCGAAAGACAUCUCACUGGUUUGUGUGAGUGGGCAGUUCCAACUGGAGGAAUGUUCUUGUGGCUGAAGGUUCCAGGUGUUGUUGACACAUGGGAUAUGAUACUGGAGAGAGCUCUGAAAAAAGAUGUUAUAUUAGUGCCAGGCAAAGCAUUUAUGUGUGAUCCAUCAUCUCCAUGCCAGUACAUGAGAGCAGCAUUCUCAGUUGUAACUCCUGAAAAAAUGGAUAAGGGGUUGAUGAACUUAGCAGAAUUAAUUCGUGAGGAGAUAACUCUUCAGCAGACUUGAGAAUCCUGUUGCUUUCUCUCUUCACAGACUUUACUCAUUGGCAUUUGGCUGUGAAAUCUCUUACAUAUUGAGAUUGUGUAGACUCUGAGACAGAAGCUAAUGACAAGUACAGUGCUGUAUCCUAGAAGUGUAGAUGUUGCAUGUUGCAUAAUGUAUUAGAAACUUUACAUUGUCUAUGAAGGCUUAUCAGAAGGAACAGAAGUUGUAUGUUAUGUUUUGUCAAUGCUGUACAGUACCUUGAUUGCAAUAUAUUGAACUUUAUUUUUUUCUAGUCAAGGAAAAUACUGGAAAGUAAAUUUAACAUUGCAAGGUAAUCUCACAUUUGAAUUGAACUUUGGAGUAGUGAAGUUUUAUUUUAGAUAUUUACAUUUAGGAAAAUAUUGCUGUAAAUUUGGGAAAAUAUGCUAAACAAUGACUUUUAAUCAAGAAAAUUUUUGAAAUUAUGCAAUUACCAACAUUUGACAUAUUGUGAAACAUGAUAAGUUUUACCUGCUUUUACUUUACCUAACCCGUCUGUGUACUGUAUUAGGCAUAAUAUAUCAUCCUCCUUCAUUUGAUAUUUCAUGUAAAUAAGAUACUCACCUUUUAGACGCCUAGAAAUCUAGGGUUGAUCUUCAGUAGUACACAUAGAAAUUCAAUAGAAAGAGAUCUUUUUUGUCAUAUUAGGUUAAUGAAUUGUUUGAACAAUAUUGUUUUUCACCUUUUCCUUGUUUUUUGUGUCUACUGGCAUUUCUUUUUUCCUCUGGUGAUGUUCUGCCAUCCAGCAUGGAGUGUAAAAACUGUUGAUCUUGGCUCUGCAUGUAUUCAAAAAGGUUAAGAAAGUAUCUAAUAAGAAAAUACAAAAAAGGAAGUGAAAUUAGGAAUUGUUUCACAAUGCUAAUCUGUUGUUUCACCUCAGAUUUUCAUUGUUGUUUUAAUAGUUCUCAGAGUAUCUUGGAGGCUCAAAAAUAUCCAACAGAUAAUCAAAACUAAUCAAUAAUGUUCCUGCCUCAGUGUUAUGACAUCACAGCUGAAAUUCAGAACGUUCACUUGAUCUUUUGCAGGGAUUAUGAUUUCUUGUACACAUUAUAUAAAUUGGUUAUUUUUUUAAGCCAUUGGGUAUGACAGCUUUAUAGUGAUUUAUAGAUCUAGCAUACAUCUUAUAGUUAGUGAAGGUUAGUGUAGGGAAUUGUUGUAAUGUGCUUCUUACAUGUUAUUUAUUUACAUCAAAAGUAUUUUUAACACAUCUUCAUCUUAUUCAUUUGUCAUUAUGAGGGAUUGUGUCCCACUUUUUAGAGUAGUUUUUUUAUUUAUCAUCUAGGACUUUAGAUUAGGAGACAGUAUCAUAGAAUAUACCUUUGAGCAUUUGGUGCCAUAUUCAGUAAUGAAAGCAUUCUUUUUUUUAAAUCUGGUCAGCUUUUUUUAUUGUAAUUUAUUUUUUUAAAUUUCCAGAAUCCCAAUCCUCAAUAUUAUGAAAAAAUUAGGAUUUCUUAUGAUCUCGUUUGCCAUCAAGUAUGUAGAGCAAUUGAGUUGCUCCUUCCUUUCACUGCCAAAUAAUCUGUCAGGGAUAGCAAAGUCAGUUCAUUUAAUUUGUACUUAUCAUAAUUUUUAUCAUAAUUUUUACAUUUAUGCUUUUAAAGUAUUUUAUAAAUUAAUUUUUUAGAACUUCUCAAAAUCAUACAAAAAGUUUAGCAUCAUCUUUAUGAUUGUGCAGAUAUGGUGCAUAGUUGGUGUUGCAGUAUUUGUACAUUAUUAAAAGUAAACAAGUACAGUAACUUGCAUUAAUUUCCAAUUCAGAAAAGUGAAUUACCUAAUUGUGAGACAUAUCAUAGCAUUAUAUUAUAUAUCAGAGUAUUAUACUAUAUUGUUCAUAGUAGUGGUAGUGUAUGUAUACGUACUGUAUUUAGCUAAGAGUUUGUGUUUAUACUGUAUGUCUUAUUGCAGUAGAGGUUUUUGUGCUGGUGCAUGAAUAUAAAUAUUAAAAUGUUUAAUUUGGGGAUUCAUGUGUAAUGAAAUAAGAUAGAUAACAUCAAGGUUUUGAUGCCUGGUACUGGAAUGAAAGUAUAGUGUGUGUUAUGUAGAAGCUCCAGCUUGGGAUAAGAAAAGGAAAGUGAUAUAAGUGCCUGUAAAUGAUAAGUUUUUAUAUUCUAUUUUAUUGUUGUAUAUCAUAAUCUUAAAAAUUACAUGAGUUUUUGCAAGGGAUAUUGGAUUAGUAAACUUAUUCGAGGAAAUAACAAAUUUCAUUUGAAAGAUCGUUAAUGAUUACACUUUAUCAAAGGAAUUUCGGUGCUCAGAGAUAGGGUAAUUUGCCAUCAACCAAAACAUUCUUAGUGGUACUAUUGACCAUCAUCGGUAUAAACAGUGUCAUUCUGGUCACUUAAACAACUAACUCAUGGAUGUUGAUUGCCAUAUCCUCAUAAUAUUCCACCAAUGUGUAGUAGAGUAUGGAAUAAUAUCUUUUUUGUAGAUCAUAAACUUUGUAAAUUUACUCUGUGUUCGAGAGCACAUUUCCUUAAAAAAUUAAAUUUGAAACUCCUAUCUAAAUCUACAAUCUGUACUACUUUGGAUACCAUUCUUGGUUUUUUUGUAAAUGUAAUAAGCUAAUUUUAUCUAUCAAGUAAGUCCAAUUUUUAUCUGGUUAAACCAUUUGAUAACUAAAACACACUGAAAAAGAGACUGGUUGACUGACUAAUAACAAAUUACUUACUGCAUUUGAAUUUUUAAGAGAGGCUAUUUAAAACAGGUCUUGCAUUCUUUUGCUAAAAUCCACUUGUGCAACUGAUGCCGUGUUUGAAAGACAACUGUAGAGUUUUCUUUGCUAUAUUCUAUGAAUUGUUGGAAUAGUUAUAGUCUUAGCUUCUAUUCAUAAAUAUUUUAAAGUUUUUAAUUAAAUAAAAACAAUAAAACUAAAUUUUGACAAGAAUCAAGAGUUAGAUAUAAUGACUUUGAAGAUUUAAUAUGCAAUUCAGAGUUAACAAAACUUUAAAAAAAGAUAGAAAAAACUAUAAUUGGUAAUUUAUAUAGGGAGGGACAUUGGAAAAAUGUUGCCCAUUAAAGCUAAAAUUUUCUUAGGUAAAGGUGGCAGAAAUUACAAAUUAUAAUUUCAGUUUUGGGAGGCUGUUGUAGUAUUUGAUAUUGAAGGAAAAUUUUUAAUGGUAAAAAGUGAUCUUUCUAACCUAUUGAUGGUGCAUUUUUGUAGACUUACGUUAUUUGGGUACUGUUUUAAAUAUUUUUUUCAUGCUAAUAAGUAUUUAAGAAUCUAAUUCAAAAAGUGCUUUGGUGAUAUAUUUAGUAAUUGAUGGAGCCUUCAGGUGAUGUUGAGUAAACAAAAUAUUACAUAACCUUCUGUUUCUUGGAAUCUUCAUACGUGUAAACUUAGAUGUCCAGGGCCUGAGUGGUAUGAUUAAACUAGUGUAUCAUCAGUCAGACAUUAGAAUUGAGCAAUGACAGUAUGAUGAGAUACUAAUUUAGAACUGAUAUGAUUUAAUUUUGUGUUGUUGUUAAUAAUACUAUGUUGUGCUUCAGAGUCAGUGGUUUGAUAAAAUAAUUGAUAAAAACAAUAAUGUUCCUUAGAGAUUUUACUUAAUACUAUGUAUGUAGUAUAUUGUGCUUGCAUUACACACACACACACACACACA